UGGCGACAGAAUUAUCAGUGAUCGGUGGAAGCUUAUCCAAGCAUUGCAUAAGCUUAGCUCCGAAUUUUCAAACCAACGCGGACGAAGUGUGAUUUUACAUUCAUUUGUUAAGAUCCUAGUCUCGAACUAGGAAAUCGCAUCGAAUUUUAUUUCCGUAUUGUGAGUAGAGGGAAAAUAACAUUAUAAAAAUGAUGAAGUGUUUGAUUAUUUUGGCAGUGCUGUGUGUUCUGUGUGCAGGAUACUCGAUUCCCAUGCAAAAUGGUUUCAUGUAUUAUCAGCAACCAAUGGCCUACAGGGUUGCUCAUCGCACAGCACAUGGAGUUCACUAUCAAAAUCAGCAGCUGCAAGAAAAUGAUGCAGAAGUUCCUGUUCAAGAUCCCUACGUAGAGCCUGCCGCAUAUCCAUCGGAGCAGUUCCCAGCUGAUGUCGAACCUCAAUUUGAUGUACCAGCUGUCCAUGAAAUCGAGGCUGAUGUACCCUUGGCAGAUGUGGAACCAGUUGCAGCCCCAGCAGUCCCAGCAACAGUGAAUGCCCCAGAAAAGAAGAAGAAGAAAGUGCCCGUUAAGGUCGAUUCGGAUGAAGAGCAAGAUGCCCAAGUCGGACGCCGUAGUUCUGAUGGGGCUGCUGCACCAAGCGUGUAUUUCCCACUCAACUUCGGAAAUACUAAAGGUGGAGCCAUUGCGGUUGCCAACUCGUACAGCACCGGAAAGGAUGGUUCGGCCACCAGUACUGCCACUGCCUACGGAAGUCCUGCUACCGCUGAAUUAAGAAGAACCGCACCUGUCCAGCUGAAGAAGAAGCCUGCUAAACUACGAGCUCGACAGAAUUAGAAUUAUGGGAGUGUAUUUAGCUAGCAGUUCAGUGAUUUAUCGUAAUAAGGUUUAGUUUAUAAAAUUUAUUCCAACUCAACCAUAAUUUAUCAAACAAAACAAUAAUAGUUUUUUUUUUCAUACGAUUUCUGAAAAGUGUACAAUUUGACCAAUAUUUACUAUGUAAAUAAUUCAAAUCGCAAUCAACUCGAACCAAACAAUUGCUCAAAUAAACGUCAUUUUAUACUAGAUA